UCAUGCUGCUGCCAAGUCCAGAGUCUCUCAUGGGUCCCUGUACGGCCUCCCAUUGCUGCUGUCUCCAUCGCCACACUCUGCCAUGUGCCACUUUCAGGUCUCCUCACACACUGCUGGUGUGUUGAAUUUUUUGACAUAGGGUGCUGGCAGAUUACGGGCCUCCCAUAGCUGCUGCCAGGCCCCUAAUCUGCCAUGGGCCCUAUAUACCGCCUCUCUCAUGCUGCUGCCAAGUCCAGAGUCUCUCAUGGGUCCCUGUACGGCCUCCCAUUGCUGCUGUCUCCAUCGCCACACUCUGCCAUGUGCCACUUUCAGGUCUCCUCACACACUGCUGUUGUGUUCAAUUUUUUG